GAUAAAAACUUACGACUUGCAAGGACGUACGCCUAGAGCCUCGUUCAGAAGUGUGUGAUGCGAGUGAGCACCUCUUCCGUAGAAGAAAAUUCACUUUCGUACUGUUAGCGCCGUGAAAAACAAAAUAGAAAUACUCGUUUUGAUUUUCGCAAUGAGGUCGGAGAAAAGAAAGAACAAUGUCGCGGCUGCUAGUAGCGGUAGCCGUACUUCUGCAGUGGUUGUACUAGCAGCUGUUCCACCUCUACCGAUGUGCCUGUACAAGAACUGCAUCUUCAAAUACGCCUAAUCUCGCGGGGAUAGCCAAACUGACGGCAUCAUGGGCGGCUCCUGCAGCUCAGCCUCGUCGUCCUGCUGCCCCUGCCUCUGUGGCGACGGAAGUGAGGAUGAUGACUUCCUUAUCAAAAGGAAAAAUCCCCCCACCCCAUAUCGAAAUGGAAAUCUGUGAUGCGGGAUUUGUGUACACAAAUCGGCUUUGUAUUGCAGGAAGGCAUCGCGGCCAGAUCCCCAGGCUAUACAGGGGCGUAUCGGUCUAGUUGUUCAGCAUGGAAAACGGCUCCGCUUUAGGCCCAACAGCAUGACAAAUCGCCUCCAUAAUGGGGGCGAAGCUUUUGCCCUUGUCUUCUUGCAAGACAGGCGCGAUUUGUGACCUCAAAUCAGCAGCGCAAAUUUUCGGAAACAUGCCUUUUCGAUAUGGGGAGGGGGGAUUUUUCCUCACAAUAUUCCUUGCCUUGAACUACAAGAACCGCGGCGUCCUGCGGGGAAACAAGGUCUAUCAGAAGUAAAAAUGUCUGGGUCUGGAAAGUUGUGAUGUUGGGUGGCAUCUCAUGAUGACAUGAGGCUACAAAUGCUGGCUUAGCAUGACAAGUUUCUGAGCUCCUAGAUGUUGCCUAUUCUGCAUGAAGACAAACUGCGCUUCUGCAUCACAGAAAAGCGGAGCGCUUGGGUAACGUGCAUGACAGAUUUAAGAGUCAUAUGCCAGACAAGCAUGACAAACAUGAACUCUUCCAGACCCAGACAUUUUUACAGUUGAUAAGGUCGAGCCUGUUACCGAGAUCGACCAGGACUCGGUGAUGUUGUUGAUUCCCAACCCCGGCGAAUUCGGAGAGGAGGAGGAGGAGGACGAGGAUGCAGACGGUACGACGAGCAGUCUCGAGGAGGAAGCUGGGUUAAAAACUGAAGUUGAUGGAGGAGAACAAGGUACAGCGACAGCUGCUGCAGCAGUAGUUGUUGACCAAGAAAUAGAAAGACGACUAGGAGAAAAAAUGAAGGAACGCCUUUUGCGCUUCGCCACGGCCGCGCGGGCUGCUUUGAUGGAGAACGAGACUAACGAGAAGAAAGCAAAGGGAAGAUUAGGGGAGAACAAGAGAAAGAAGAAAAAGAGGUACAUCGACGAUGCUUUCGAUUACAAUCCGCGAACGACGGUGGAAGACGGUGCUAGCGAUUUCACGGAAGAAGUAGAAGCUGCAGGACAUCACGAAGACGACACUGGUGACAGGGCACACGAAGUGGUGGACAUGAUACCAUCACCCGGCACACCAGCAGGUUUGCACCAGAACAAGAGUGCGAAAAAAAUUUCCACCAACAGCCGAACUACUACCACAGCGUCUGUCGCUAGUCGGAGUAGCGUUAAUAGGGAUAGCCAACUGCACGACCCACUUCUAGAAGAGCAUGCUGUCGACGUUCCAGGACGAGCAAGUUCGAAUUACUCAACGACUUGGCGCUCCUCACGACUUGGCGCUCCUCAACAUCAUCCACAAGCAGUGGUAGGUGGCGGGGGGAGUGGAAAUCAACAGCAUCAACCUGGUAUUGGCAAGACGCCUCUAGUACCUCAUCUUGUCCCAGUUCAUGCCUCGACGCGAGAAAAACUACUGCGCGAUAUCCCGGAAGAAGCGACGUCUUUGCAAGCAGAGAGCGAACAGGAUGCUGGAGAUGAAGAUUUUUACCACUACCAUAAUCUGGUCUCUUCGUCCGAGCAGCCCGGUAGUCCAGGAGAUCAUGGUGGUCCUACCUCGGCCUCGGAGGAGUUCAAAUUCAAUUCCGAAUUGUCUUCAACGCAGCAACUGUUGCCCUUGAAAAUCUUCGAGUUAGUCAGUGCUGGCGCGGAACCAGAUGAGCAGGUUGUCAGUGAGGAGGAAGAUACUAGGCAGGCGUCUACUGGUGAUUCUACAGAAGUCCUCGCGGAAGGACAAGAACCGGCCAGAAAAAUAGUUGUACCGGAAUCUUCGCAACAACGAGUAGGAGCAGGAAACGGUGUAGGAGCUUCAUCUACAACAACCAGUACCACAACUACUGCAGUAGCAGCACCAGCAGCUUCAGCAAACUAUGCGGAUGCGAAUGCACCAUCGGCAGGAGCGGGUCCUCCUCCGGGAGGAGGAAAACAAGUAGACAAGCAAAAACAAAAUCUCGAUUUCUUUUUCAAGAACGAGAGUACCAAGCUGCUACACGACUCCCAGAUGAUGAAUAGCAGACUGGGUGGAGAAGGGACUGGUAAUGGCGGAAGAAUAGUAACUGUUGCAACUGCAAGCACAGUCGCCACCUCAAGUGGAGCAGAAGCGGGAACAAAUAACACCACCACCAGCAACACAAAUUCGUCCUCAAACUCCUUGCUCCAAACUGCCCUUCUUGCCGCGAGCAGCCCGGAAGACGAAGCAAGUCUCAGUCCCGCGCAAAGUAGUACUAGUCCGGCGGGGGGACUAUUUAACGAGGAGACUACGUCGGCCGCCGCUGGACCUUCUGGGUCUAGUAAUAGUGCAUUCGUUCAUCUUUCUGGAACUGCAACAAAGGAAAUUGUGGCGCUGGAGAUCCCCCCUUUGGAGGUGGAUGGUGAGGACACGCAAUUCAACGCUGGUGCACAAGUCCUAGUAGGUGGGACGAACAGCAGCAAGAACAGCACGGAUCAUCAUGUCGUUACACUGCGGAACGGAACCACCGGUACUAGCAACCCAGAAGAAGGCUCUACUUUUAGCCGGAGUACUGCGCAAGUGUCGGUCUCGAGCACUAUUUCGCAAGUCACGGCUACUAACACGACCGUCGUGACAGGAGGGGGGCAGCCGGGACGUCAAGAAUUUCCAGACGAGGUGACAACUGGUCAGCGUCAGCCUGUUUCUAACAUGUUUACGCGCGACCGCCUGUUGAAGUCAGACACCAGCAACAGCACUAACGCGACUUCGGACUACCACGAUCAGUCGGCGCAACUUCGUUCGUGGGGUGCGGGACAACCACCGCCACUGCAGCCAGCAAUUGGAUCAAAAGCCCCACCUGUGGCGCUCUCCUCCUCGCCGAUGAAUAGUGCAACUACUUCUAAAAGCAACAAGCGGUUGAACCUGAAGCGCUCGAACAAAAACAGACCGCCGAGUCAGACAGAGCAAGUAGAUGAAAAUCAAGAGCAGAUGCAGAUUCCUCCAACAUCUUCAGAAUCACAAUCAGACAAGAAGAAAAAUCUGAAUCUCCUGUACUACCCGGAGGAGGAGUUUUCUUACCCGGCGUCCUCUCAGGAGUCUUGUUCUGGAGGUGGGGGUUUUUGUUCUACUUCAUCCUGUUCCUCGUCCUCUUCCUCCCCAAGCAUAGGCAGCGCAAGAAGUGCCAAGACCGAUGAAUCUUCGCUGCUGCAAAAAAUACACGAGCGCUCAUUUGAACCGAAUUUGAAUUCCUUCUUCGACACUGAAAUAGAGAAUGGUGUGUGGGGUAAUCGCGGCGGCAGCGGGGAGGUCCUGGAGCAAGGUCUUUCCCGUAUUUCCACUACACACGGAGCGACAUCAAGAGACGGGCGGGCUUCAUCACUACGGCCACCCGGUAUUGGCAGUGCAAUGCUUGGAAAAGUUCCAUCCGCAACGACACGUGUUCACCCUCCACUAGUCACUUCAAUUUUCGGCGACAAAAUUGAUACUUUUUCCGACGAGGAAGGAAGACGGCGCCACGAGAAACAAGAUUUUGAAGAUGAUCCUGUCGAAGACGAUGAGAUGGUCUCUCUGUACUCCCCCUUGAGCAGCGCGGACGAGGGAACAAUGAAAAACAUCACCACCAUGCUGAAUCAGGACGAUGUAGGACCACAACGACGAGGCCGCGAUAAUUACAACAGACCGCACGAGGACCAACAAGUCGUUGUAGAUCAUCCUGACGACCAAAAUGCAGCAGCUUUUACCCCCUGCAGUGCGGAUUUCUUUUCGCCACAGCGAUAUAUUGUGGUGGUCUCUUCGAGGUCAGUGUCGGAGGACGAGGAGGAGGAAGAGUAGAACGAUAGAACAAAGCAAUUAAGGAAACGACUUUUUACCGAAGAGGAAGAUGCUGGCACACUAUCGCUAGCUGUUUUGUCGACUAAGAUGAAAGUAUAGUACUUACUACCUUACAACAGUUUACGCUUUUGACAUAUUACUUCUACUACUUUAUACGAGAUUGCUUAACUUGGAUGAUCAGACGCCAGAAAAUUAAUGUAGAUUACAGGCGGCUCCAGCGUGCGACGCGGUGCUCGCUGAAAUUGAAACUUGAAGAUAUUUGUACACACGAAGGAUCUGCAUUUGUUGCACGUUUGCUAUGUACAUUUUUGAGGACACAGACGAUCAAAUACAAACUCACGCCUGUGACCACUAGGCACGCGUACUUCUUGAAUGCAGCUGGAUUUUUACAGCUAAAGCUAUACGCUAGUCAGUCUGCUUUUGAUGCGCACCGAAGCGAUAGAAAUGGCGAGGACAUGAUGAUCUCAUCGCUUCAUUAUGUGCACCUGUUUCGCUUUUCUUCCUGAUGUGAUCUUCAGAGCUCGUUCUGUUCGUAGCAUCGCGUUGUGGGGAAAGCAUUUGCCGUCGAAUGUUUUCGAAAAGGAAACGACACGACUGAAC